UCAAAAAGUGAAAAUAUUUAAGGAGCUUUAAACUUAGAACGUCUUUAGUCCAUGAUAUAUUGGAUUGACCCUCAUUUAACGACUUAAAGGGUCUGGAUUGGAUCUCCGACUCUCCACGCCUUAUGGGUAGUGGUCGUGCAGUAUAUAAAUAGGAGUGCACCCUGCUGUAAGCCAGUUGGACGAAGUCGAGAUGGUUUCGUUAGUGUGGAAGGUGGUGGUCUUUGGUAUCCUGGCGGCGGGAUGUCAGGGCUCUCUCCCACAGUCCCGGUCACAGCGUCGGGUGUCUCCAGGGCGCUAUGACCUAUCAGAGGACUUAGCAUCGAUCCCGGGGUCGUCUGUAGAGGCGCAGAGUGAGAAACGCUUUCAGGAGGUCCGGCGGGGUGGCGAGAGAAGCGUCCAGCUGCAGCGGGGCGCGCGGAAAAAUGCCGACAUCCACCUGAGGCACGAGGGACUGAGAGAUGACGCAGCAACAAGAACUAACUGCAAAAAUCGCCCUAUUGACCUGGUUUUCAUCAUAGACAGUUCCCGCAGUGUGCGCCCUGCUGAAUUUAAAAAGGCCAAGGAGUUCCUGCAGGACAUGGUGGACAGCCUGGUCAUCAGCAGAGAUGCCACUCGUGUCGGUCUCGUUAAUUAUGCGAGCACAGUCAAGAUUGAGUUCCUCCUCAACACUUUUUUUGACAAAUCCUCUGUGAAGCAGGCACUCGGCCAAGUUGAGCCCUUAGCUUCAGGCACCAUGACGGGCAUGGCCAUCAGGACCGCCAUGGAAAAAGCCUUCACCAAGGAGGCCGGGGCCCGAUCCGCUUCCAUGAACAUUGCUAAGGUGGCUAUUAUAGUGACCGAUGGCAGACCUCAGGACAAGGUGGAGGAGGUGUCAGCCACAGCCAGAGCAUCUGGGAUUGAAAUCUAUGCAGUGGGAGUUGACAGAGCUGAUAUGGCUUCCCUGAAACUUAUGGCCAGCCAGCCACACGAUGACCAUGUCUUCUAUGUGGAGACCUAUGGUGUGAUCGAGAAGCUUACGUCUAAGUUUAGGGAAACUUUGUGUGGUAAGGAUGAUGAUAAUGGGAGUGCAGAUAUUGAUGAUAACGGACUAGGCCUAAAUGGCAGGAAAGACGAUAAUAAUCGUGUCAGUGAAGGGAACAACGGUUUGGAGCCGUGUGAUCAAGGACACAACUGUCAGCAUAUUUGUGUCAACAGUGGUGACUCGUACAUCUGCAAGUGUCGCCCUGGCUACAUCCUGAAUCCAGACAAGAAAACAUGCUCACGUGCAGAUGCUUGUACCCAGGGACAUGACUGCCAGCACAUUUGUGUCAACAGCCGUGACUCGUACGUCUGCCAGUGCAGAACUGGAUACGUGUUGAACACAGACAAGAAAACAUGCGCACGUAUGGAUGCAUGUUCUUCACAACAUAACUGCCAACAUAUUUGUGUCAAAAGUGGAGAUUCUUAUGUUUGCAUGUGUCGCAAAGGAUAUUCGUUGAAUGCAGACAACAAAACAUGCUCACGUUCUGAUCCAUGUGCCCUUGGACACGAUUGCCAUCAUAUUUGUGAAAAUAGUGAUGCAUCAUAUGUCUGCAAAUGUCAAGUGGGAUAUGUGUUGAAUCCAGAUAAAAAAACCUGCUCACGUUCAGGUACAUGUGCAGGAGAACAUGGCUGCCAACACAUUUGUGUCAAAACCGAUGACUCGUUUGUAUGUAAAUGUAAAGCAGGAUAUGUUUUGAAUCCCGACGGGAAAACGUGCAUACGCUUAGACACAUGUUCUCAGGGACAUGACUGCCAGCAUCUAUGUGUCAACAGUGGAAGCUCAUAUGUCUGCAAGUGUCAGCUGGGAUAUUCGCUCAACAUGGACAGAAAGACAUGCUCACGUUUGGAUGCAUGUAUUCAGGGACACGACUGCCAGCAUAUCUGCAUCAACAGUGGUCUUUCUUACAACUGCAAGUGUCGAGUAGGAUACAUACUAAAUUCAGACCAGAAAACAUGUUCACAGGAAAUGAGGAGUGAAAUUUCAGAAGAUGCCUGCAUGUGCGAAGCUCAAAUUGUAUUCCAGAAAAAAGUGCAGUCAGCCAUUCAGGAGCUCACCAGGAAAAUUUCUGAACUUUCAGACAAAGUAAACGACAUUGAGGGCACAUUCCAACAUUGAGAACAAAGAGGAACUAGAGGAAAAUGUCAAGCACUUUUAUUCCAAUCAGUGUUACAUAAUAUCAUGUUCUGUAAAAAUUUUAAUUUCCUAAUGUCUGAAAAUCUGCAUUGUGUUUUUAAUCUUACAACAAAUUGCUCUGGUGCUGUGUUUCUGAUAAACUUACAUUGAUGGCAACUCUGGUGUAAUUUACAUUAAAAAAAAGACAACUCAACUGAACUGUGUUUAUGUCUUCUUGUAUAAACCAAUUAAAAGUUAUAUAAUUUGCUUUGAUUUCUAAAAGCAGGUCAAGUUUUUUUUUGUUUGUUUUAGCAAACAAAAAAAUGGUUGAACUCUCUGGUGAAAUAGUUCAGGGAGUUCAAAUGUGACUCAGACUUGGCCCAGUUUUCUUGGCAACAAUGCUUUUAAUUAGAGAUUAUGUCAAGCUAAAGGUUUUGAGAAUGUAUUUUCUAUAAACAGUUAUUUUAUUUUAUUUUAUGUGUUUGUGUGUCUACAUUUGAAUAAUGCAUUUUGGUGCUUUUUGAAAUAGAAAACAGUUACUUGCAUGUUUCCUAACAGCUGCCUAAAUGAAUACAUUUUAUGAAUCAAUGUUUUCCACACAACUGUCUUCACUCUUUUAAAGGCAUAGUCUUUAUAUUACUGCUGAUACUUAUUGCUACUUUCCUAUCUGAUCAAAAGUGAUGACAUCAUUAACUAAGUUAGGAUAUUUUCAUGAAUACAUGCUUUAUGUGACAGGUGUAUUGUUAUUUGAGAGCCACAUUGCGUCGAAUAAGCAAUAUUGUGCUUAUUCAGACUAUAAAUUACAUUGUAUUUUACUGGGAUUUUAUUCGUUAGCCCAACACAUAACAGUGAAAUGGAAAGAUAGUAAUACAUGGCUUUUAUUGUCUUACAGCUGGCAAGCUGAAAAGUGUAAAAUGCACUGUGACCCUUUCCUCUGAUAACCUAAAAUAAAAUCAGGUGCAAUCAA